CUCGGGCGGUGAUUGGCUCUCCAGAGAAUCACCCCGUGGCCAGUUGGCACUGCCUCGGCCCCCCCUGAGACUCUUAAGUAAACACCCUCCGCAUAACUACCCUCGAUCCCUCGACCUUUCACUUUGAUCGUCGCGUUGCGCCAUGCCCCUGCUUUAAAAUGCCUGCCCUUCUUUCCUGGCUCCGACGCAUCUACUCGCUCGACACCCUCGACACUCGCUUUACCUCCACCGCCACCACCCCGGGCAACGCUGCCGCUGACACGCGACCUCCCUCCGCGAAAGAUGCCCGCGCCAAUGCUAUCGCCCAGAUCGCACCCGCUCCGCUCUGGCGUACGCCCGAGUUCUUCGUCUAUUACCUUUUCUUCAUUACACUCGUUCCGUUGAUGUUCAAGACGGUCGUGGAUGCUUCGAAGGACACCCACCCUGUCUAUCCCACAUACUCCCAUCUCCUGUCACCAGGAUGGAUUCCUGGCCGACUAGUCGACAACUCCGAUGCCCAAUAUGCGAGCUUCCGCGACAACCUCCCCUAUCUCCUGUUGCUCCUAGUUGCCCACCCGGUUGCUCGUCGGAUCUACCAGUUAUAUAAAAACCCUUACGGCCCCGAAACAAAGGCCGCCCACCCUUCGGCGGCGGCGGCCGGCGAUGCGCAGCUGGAGCAACGAAUGCGCUUUGACUUUGGAUUUGGGCUAAUCUUCGUCUCCGCGCUCCACGGCGUUUCGGCACUCAAAGUCUUGCUGAUUUUGUUCAUUAAUUACAAAAUCGGCAAGAGUCUUCCACGCUCUUAUGUUCCUGCGGCCACGUGGACCUUCAAUAUCUGCAUCUUGUUCGCUAACGAGCUAUGCGGAGGGUACCCAUUCGAAGUGAUUGCAACCAUCUUGUCCCCAGGGUCCGACUCGCCCGAUGAGAAGCAUACUUUGCUUGUCGAGUGGGCGAAAGCACUCGAUAGCUUCGGUGGCAUUAUGCCUCGUUGGGAGGUUCUUUUCAAGGUCACUGUCUUGCGCUUGAUUAGUUUCAACAUGGAUCACCAUUGGAGCCUGCAAUACCCCGCAGGGAGCGCGAUUGAAAAGAAACAACUCGACCCCGCGACCCUGUCUGACCGAGACCGUGUCAAGAUCCCCGCCGAGCCCUCUGCAUUCAGCUUUCGUAACUACAUUGCCUACGUGCUCUACUCGCCAUUGUACUUGGCUGGCCCUAUUUUGACCUUCAAUGAUUACGUGUCACAACAACGCUUCAAAGCACCCUCAUUGACGAGUACCCGCACCAUCCUUUAUGGAAUCCGAUUCCUCCUUACCCUGCUCUGCAUGGAACUUAUCCUCCACUACAUCUACGCAGUGGCCAUCUCUAAGGCCUCACCCGAUUGGUCCCUGUUCACGCCAGGCCAACUCAGCAUGCUGGCCUUUUUCAAUCUCCACAUUAUCUGGCUGAAGCUGCUCAUCCCCUGGCGCUUCUUCCGUUUCUGGGCCCUCAUCGACGGAAUUGACCCGCCAGAGAAUAUGGUCCGCUGCAUGUCGAACAAUUAUUCAGCCUUUGCCUUUUGGCGCGGAUGGCACCGCUCCUAUAACCGCUGGAUCGUCCGAUAUGUCUACGUGCCCCUUGGUGGAGGCGGUGGUGGACGACGCCCCGCUGGAUCAAAACCAUCUCCGUCUUCACCACAGUCAGGCUUGAUGGCCAAGUUCCUACAGAUCCGCAACUUCUUAUUGGUGUUCACCUUUGUUGCUUUGUGGCACGAUAUUAACCUGCGUCUGUUGAUGUGGAGCUGGCUCAUUACUCUCUUCGUUUUGCCCGAAGUUUUAGGUGGCAUGCUGUUCCCUGCUAGUCGCUGGCGCUCCCGGCCUACCGCGUACCGAGUCUUGAGUGGCAUCGGAUCGGUUGGCAAUGUGCUCAUGAUGAUGAUUGCCAAUCUGGUUGGCUUUGCACUCGGCCUGGACGGGUUGCAGAACCUGCUUACUAGCCUGACGGGUUCGUACUCGGGCGUUGCGUAUAUGAUCUCGUGCUGCGUGGUGCUGUUCGUUGGCGUACAGGUCAUGUUUGAGAUUCGCGAGGACGAGCUGCGUGCGGGUAUCAACCUGAAGUGUUGAACGGUAGGAAUUUUUCUUACAUUUUUAUAAGUUCUAUAGCGCAAAAUGAAAUCGGUAAUGAUUAAGAGUACACUAGCUAUAGUACAGUCGCUUCUUUUGGACGUAAGAUUCAUCAAGUCAUUAAAGUAGGAGAAAGGCAUAAGAAUAUCCUUUCUUCUCCAUAGUAUACAGAAGCAAAGACCUCCAGUCUCAAAUUAGAAGAAGGCACCACACCUCGAGUCUUCAUGGACCUUAUAACAGUCCAACCCGCAAGUUCGCAAAUGGCAACUCUUGCACCGAAUCUUGCCCCAGUAUCCACACAUGCAACAAAAGGCCCGAGGAAGUUGUGUCGAGAUCGGCGGUCCAGCGCGCGAAGCGUUAUACGACAAAGCGGGCUCUGCCAAAAGACGGUCCAUGAUACGUUCUGACGGUAUAGUUGGAGCAUAUGAUCGUAGAAGAGGAUCGUUAUCAUGUUCCGUCUUAAUGAGUUUAUGUUUCCGCUCGGCGCGAUCCUCUUCCGCUUCGGCAUCCGUAUUCUCCGUCUGCGAGGGCACGGGCGUAGGUGUAGAGGUAGUAGUGGUAGCAGCGACAGUCGGUGUGCGCUUCUUGCGUGCAGCAGCGGUAGAAGCUGGCGUCGAGCUCCGUCGUGUCCCAGCAGCAGCCGCUACACCUUUAACUCGCGAUGGAACGGCCGGUCCGAUCGCUGCAGCUCCCACCGGUAUACUCAGUCCACCACCUCCCGCAGCAAUCGCAGCCUCCUCAUCAUCGAGGUGAUUCCGAAAUGUCUUCUGCGAGACUAAGAUACGGCGCACGUUCGAGGUAGUCUUUGUCCGGGAGACGCGUGCGCCUGCCUCCUUCGCUGGCCGGGCGGGCACGGAGAUCUGUACAUCGCGCUGGUUUUCGCGGUCUAGUUCGGCAAUGUGGCGGAUGAUUGCGUUCGCACGUCGCGAAGAAAUGUCGCCGCCUUUGCCGGCGUUGUGAAUUCCGCGUUUGCGGCCCAAGGCCGGAGCCAUGGCGGAUUUGGCCGGGCCGAACCCCCGGUCUGCGACGUAGGUGUACCCUGGGGUCGCAUGCGAUGAAGAAUUUGCGAGAAGCUCGACGCGAAACAUUGUUUCCAGGAGAGUCGAGGUGUGAAAG